AGUUAAGAUGCAGGAGAAAGUGAAACGCCUAAAAACGCAUGUAAUGCGAAUUUCGGCGAUUGCAAUAAACGAGAGAGAGAGAGAGAGAGAGAGAGAGAGAGAGAGAGAGAGAGAGAGAGAGAGAGAGAGAGAGAGAGAGGUAGAGAGAGAGAGAGGUAGGGGGGGGAGGGAGAGAGGAACAGCAGGGAAGAAAGGGAGACAAGGAGAUGGGCAGUUAGAGGGGCAGGGGUGAAAGGGGGGAAUAACAGACGGCAUGGGUG